AUGACACCUGCCCAUGCGCUUCAACUCGAUACAGCACCGGAAGCGAGUGAUUUUUUCUUUGGUAAUGUAUUGGGUCAGGGCUCUUAUGCCAAGGUAUUUCAUGCCCAAUUAAAGAAGAGCCGGUUAAAUUUUGCUGUAAAAGUGAUGGACCAGAAGUUUAUCCGGAAAGAAAACAAGACGGCAUUUGUGCUUACGGAACGUAAGGUCAUGUCACGUCUCGUGCACCCACAUAUUGCUAAGUUUUACUGCAGUUUUCGUGACCAUCAUAGUUUGUACUUGGUCAUUGAGCUGUGUCGAGGUGGUGACCUCUUUGGCCUCAUUAGCAAGGAGUAUCAAAAGAACCAGGAGGAAGGCAUUACUGAAGCUGCAUGCUCUUUUACGUUGACGCAAUUCUAUAUGGCCGAGUUGGCCAAAGCCUUGGAAUUUAUGCACUCCCAGCAUGUGAUCCAUCGAGACAUCAAACCUGACAAUCUACUACUCAGUCAGGAAGGUCAUUUAAAGGUGAUAGAUUUCGGCACUGCAAAGGACCAAGAUGGAGAAAGUAGCGAUGUAUGCCAAUUUUGUGGCACUGCUUUCUAUGUGUCCCCGGAAGUUUUGCACGACAAACCAGCUUCAAGAGCUGCCGACCUAUGGGCAUUGGGCUGUUUGAUCUUUCAGGAACAGCUGAACUUCUGUCUGUUUCAAUGCUUUCUAAUGUUUACUGGGCGAGCUCCUUUUGUGGCAGAAAAUGAUUAUUUGACUUUCCAAAUGAUUAUAAAUCACUCAAGCGAUGAAUUUGAUAUCCCAAGUAGUGUCCCCGACACUGCACAGGAUCUGAUCAGAAAGCUUCUCGUUCAGGACCCUGACGAACGCAUUGGCGCUCAGCAGAAUGAAGAGGGUUACGCCGCGUUGAAGAAUCAUCCAUUCUUUGAAGGCAUCGAAUGGGAUGACAUUAGCGAUCAAACUCCGCCUUAUCACCCUCCCGAGCUAGUUCUUUCCGAAGCAAAACUGGAUGGCGCUUCGGAAAACUGGACCGUUGCCGAAUAUUUUUCGGGCGAUUUUUCAGAAAGCACGUCUGAUGAAUUCAGUAGCCGAUGUUCGCGAAGUAGUAGCUCGCAUCAGAAACAACGACCAACGUGCAUUGGGUACGAUGAGCAGAUCCGUUUUGAAGCCAAAGUGAAGGUCCGAAGCAGGAGGUUCAAUCGCUCUCGAGACCUGUUUCUUACAGAUGCACCACGCUUAAUUGUGAUCAGUUCAUGGUCUGGCAGCCUCAAGCGUGAGAUUUUCUUGACGCCCGACACGACUGUGAAUGAGAUUGAUCCGCAUACAUUUGACGUUGUAUCGGCAUCAAAUACAAUUCGAAUCACAGAUUCCAGUAAUCUCGCUCAGAAAUGGGCACGGGCAAUAUCGGAAGUCAUUUCUGAGUAG